AUGCAGGAGGAGUAUGAUGUCAUCGUUCUGGGGACAGGACUCAAGCUGUACAAGAAGUUCAAGAUGCCUCUUCCCUCCAAAUCCAUGGGCCGGGGCCGCGACUGGAAUGUCGACCUCGUCCCCAAAUUCCUCAUGGCCAACGGUAGGAGCCUCCAGCUGGUGGGGGCGGGGAUACGUGACCUCUGGCCGGCUGUGCGACACCCCCUCUCACACCUGGACACAGACAACGAGCCUCUCGGACCCUGUGCGCUCUGGGUGGCUGAGCAGCAGAGCAGAAUCAAGCUCCCCAUCCGAAACGUUGUGCUGCCGUUCUUCCCCUACCUGCGCCAGUUCCUUUGCAGCCAGCGCAGGCCGACGCAGCCGUGUGCAGGGACCUCCAUGCGUGACGUCUUCCGCAAGUUCGACCUGGGGCCCGAUGUGAUCGAGUUCACCGGGCACGCGCUGGCGCUGCACCGCAACGACAACUACCUGGACCAGCCCUGCAUCGACACCAUCCAGCGGAUCAAGCUAUACUGCGAAUCUCUGGCUCGCUACAACAAGAGCCCCUACCUGUACCCCCUGUACGGGCUGGGGGAGCUUCCCCAGGGCUUUGCCAGGCUCAGUGCGGUCUAUGGAGGGACCUACAUGCUGAACCGCCCGGUGGAUGAGAUCGUGCUGGAGAACGGAAGAGUCGUGGGUGUCCGCUCAGAUGGAGAGAUGGCCCGCUGUAAGCAGCUGAUUUGCGACCCCUCCUACGUGCCGAACCGGGUCAGGAAAGUGGGCCGGGUCAUCCGGGUCAUUUGCAUCCUGAACCAUCCGAUCAAGCACACGCAGGACGCUAACUCUUGCCAGAUCAUCAUCCCACAGACGCAGCUCAACAGGAAGUCGGACGUCUACGUGUGCAUGGUGUCCUACGCCCACAACGUGGCGGCGGAGGGGAAGUACAUCGCCAUGGUGAGCACCACAGUGGAAACCAGCAACCCCGAGAAAGAGGUGCAGCCCGGCCUGGACCUGGGUGUCCUGCCUCAGCGGGCCAGCAGAGGAGCCGGACAGUCACCUCUCCGGGCCGGGGCCUGCCCUCCUGAGCCUGAGCUCCAGCCCCAGCACCCUCGUGUUGACACGAUGACUUUGAGGGCCUCCUCUUCGAGGACGGCUCAGGCGCUGACAGAUGACCGAGAGGUCGAAAUCCAUGUGGCGCAGAGGAGCGCCGCCUGGAGCGGUCCACACAGGAGGUCGGGUAGCGGAACCGAGUCGAGCGCAAGUCGCCGGAUCUGGGCCGAAAGUCCGCAGAACGAAACGGGUUGA